UUAUUUGAUCUUCUAUUUUUUGGCUCGACUCAACAAAAAAUGAGUCAACCGCGAACUGGCUACCGAAGCUCUCAUUUUAACAUCAUUACUCCAAACCCUAAUCGGAUUCAUUAUUUAAGUCAUUUUCCCGCAAUAAUCAGAAACGCCAUGGGUCGUUUCUCUUUCCCGAAUAAAUAAUGUUGUUUUUUCGGCACGUUCUUAUUUAAUGUUUAAACCCAAAAUCUUGUCCAAGACCUGUCUUAAGAUAUACUCUGACAAAAUCCAGCGAAGGAAGAGAAGGAUCGUGACUGGUUUUGCUCAUCUAUCACGACAAAGUGUUCUGUCUGGAUGCAGGUGCGUAUGAUGCUCGGGUAGUAUAGUCCUUUCAUCUAGUCAUGAACAGAAUCGCGAAGCAUCCCUUCAUCGCCCUUUUGGAUUCAGGCACAACGUUGAAUGAGCUAAGGCAGAUCCACAACCAGCUCUUAGUCAAUGGAAUCCUCAAUGAUGACCAUCUUCUAGGCCAUUUCGUCGCCAAAGCCGCAUUGAGCAACCCAAAGAACUUAGAUUAUGCUCGUGAGUUACUAGAUCGGUCACAUAAUCCUACCCUAUUUGCUCUUAAUUCCAUAAUCCGAGCACAUUGCAAGAGCCCCAGUCCAGAAAAGAGCUUCGAUGUUUACAGAAGGAUCCUCUGCUCAGGAAAUAAUCUUUCACCAGACAACUACACCAUCAAUUUCAUGGUUACCGCAUGCACAAAGUUAGUUUCUUGUGAGGCGGGACUUCAGAUCCAUGGUACAGCCACUAGACGUGGAUUUGACAAUGAUCCCCAUGUCCAAAGCGGGUUGAUUUCCUUGUAUGCUGUACUGGGUUGCCUUGAUUCUUGUCACAAAGUCUUUAGCUCAAUUUCUGAUCCAGAUGUUGUAUGUCAGACAACGAUAUUCAAAGCUUGUGCGGAAUGUGGGGAUAUUGCUUUUGCACGAAGAUUGUUUGAGAAAAUGCCUGACAGAGAUGCAGUUGCCUGGAGUGCCAUGAUUUCUGGGUAUGCUCACUUCGGAGAUCCAAAGGAAGCACUUAACCUAUUUCAUCUGAUGCAGCUGGAAGGAUUCACGGUCAAUGAGGUAUCUCUGGUUUCGGUUUUAUCUGCUUGCACUCAACUGGGGGCAUUGGACCAAGGGAGAUGGGCUCAUGCUUACAUAGACAAAAACAAGAUCAAAAUGAAUGUAAACCUUGGUACCGCUUUAAUAGAUUUCUAUGCCAAAUGUGGGGACAUGAGCAAAGCCAUGGAAGUUUUCUGGGGUAUGAAAGUGAAGAAUGUAUAUACAUGGAGCAGCAUGUUGAACGGGCUUGCGAUGAAUGGGUUUGGAGAGAAAUGUCUCGAGCUUUUCUCUCUUAUGAAACAAGAAGGUAUUAUUGCAAAUGCCAUCACAUUCGUGUCUGUCCUGAGAGCGUGUAGUGUAGUUGGUUUAGUAGAUGAAGGGCAAAAGCAUUUCGAUGCAAUGAGAAACGACUAUGGUAUAGAGCCUCGACUCGAGCACUAUGGUUGCUUAGUCGAUUUGUAUGGACGAGCAGGGCGCCUAGACGAGGCCCUUAGUGUUAUCCAAGGCAUGCCCAUGAAGCCUCGCAAUGCUAUAUGGGGUUCUUUGCUCAAUGCUUGUAGGCUGUACAAGAAUACGGAAAUGGCCAAGCUCGCAUCAAGUAAGUUACUCGAGCUAGAGGAUAAGGCUCAUGGGGCGUACGUCCUUUUAUCGAAUAUAUAUGCCGAGUCAAACAAAUGGGAUAAUGCUAGUCAUGUCAGAGAAGUAAUGAAGUUCAAGGGGGUAAGAAAGGAACCCGGGUGCAGCGUAAUGGAGAUUAACGGAGAAGUUCAUGAAUUCUUUGUUGGGGACAAGUCCCAUCCGAGAUACGGAGAAAUUGAGGGUUCUUGGAAGGAGAUCUCGCGGAAGCUGAGGCUUGCGGGGUACAAAGCGGACAUAAGUCCCGUUCUUUUCGACAUAGAAGAGGAAGAGAAAGAGGAAGCGGUUGGUUUGCACAGCGAGAAGAUCGCCAUCGCCUUCGCUAUGAUCAGCUUGAAGGGAGGUGUUCCCAUCAGGAUUGUGAAGAACCUUAGGGUUUGUUGGGAUUGUCAUCAAGUCGCUAUGAUGGUUUCAAAGAUUUUUGACAGAGAGAUCAUUAUGAGAGACAGGAAUAGGUUUCACCAUUUCAAGGAUGGUGAGUGUUCUUGCAAGGGCUUUUGGUGAACCAAAUUCAUUUGAUUCAAUAUCCAGUUUUAUGUUACAAUUCUACAAAGAUUUCUCCAAUGGUUCAUAACAAGUGAUAUUUAGAAGCUUACAGAGGAUGAUGCAUUUUCAGUGUUGUUCUUCUCUAGCAUUUAGGACAUGUAAGUUUAUAUAUAUGUUUGUAUGUAUGUGUGUAUAUAUAUAUAUAUGUAAUUGCGUAGGUGUAUUUGCAUUCUUUUUAUGUCGAGAUUGUACAUUU